AUGUCUGCUUAUGAUAAGGAAAAUGCUGAAGCAUUGACUAAAUCUGAUAACAAUUCUAAUAAAAAGACAAAGGUCAAUGAUACCCGUGGUGGUAGUAAUGCUAAAAAUAAAAAUGAUACGGAGCUAACUAAUUUACCUCACAAUGAAUCGCGUCAACUUCAAUUGUGUCAAUACCUUACGGACUGGAUCAUAACCGAUUCUCAGCCACUUACUGUUAUUGAAAACCCAGCUUUUAAAAAAUUUAUAAGCGAGUUAGAUCCAAAGUUUAAAAUUCCAUGUAUUAAAUCUAUAAAGAAACUUAUACAUAUUGCUUACAACCAUUCUUUAAAAUUAAUCAUGGAAAAAAUAAAAAAUGAUUCAACUUCUGUAUCUUUAACUUGUGAUCUUUGGACUGGGAAAAAUAGACAAGGUUUUCUAGGCAUAACAUGUUCUUACCUUGAUCAUAAAUUUCAAUUUCAUGAGAUCACACUUUCCGUCGAGCAUAUCCGUCAUCCACAUACCGCCGAAAACAUCAGUGAUACCAUUCUUUCAUUUUUGGAUGAGUGGGAAUUACGUGAUAAGAUUUUCACAGUAACCACUGAUAACGGUAAGAACAUGCAAAAAGCUGUUAAAGACUUGAGAGAAUCG